AUGAUCACCAUCAACCUCUACCUACGCCAGCUAUUGCCGCAGUGUGAUCCUUGUUUUCCAAACCCUGACGAUCCGGAUACUAUUCGGUACCCAUACAUUGCUGGAGGUGGCGCCCCUUCGGAGGUUGUCGACCUGCCCCUUGGUGUCAGCCCGGCUAGCCUGGGUCUCGAGUCCAUACCUGGAAUCAUUACCAACGGCUGGGCUGGUUUCACCUUAUCUGAUGCAUCGGGCUGGGAAACGACGAUAGGUGGCAAGGGAGCAGACAGUAGUUCAGAGACAGUCCCCUUACCAGCUGUGGCCAGACUGGCAAACCUGAACGUCGCGCUGUACGAAUGCGAGGCCAAGCUUCCCUCAACGGAUAAGAGUCGCGGAAACACCGGGACUCGUGAUGUGCGCAGCCCUAGGAAAACCGUAAUCCUCGCCAUUGACGACAUCUUCCGCCUGACCUCUGAGUUCACCGCCCUGGUGCAGAGUCUCUUUCUCGUAGGAUACGAGAGGAUCAACCCUCCGUCCACACCGACGCCGGAAAAGCCACCGACCUUGUGGGAGCUAUCGCCGAGCAUGCGUAGCCACCAACGUUCGGAAGCGGACCUGUUGCUCGCCGAGGCCGAUAUCAGACCAGCUGAAGGGCCUUGCUCGCGCACUGACGAAGCAAGUUUCCUCAUGGUCAUGUCUUGCCACUGCCGGCUAGUGGAGAUAUACAUGUCUAUCUUCCAGAUGAUGCGGGCAUGCAUCGAGCACUCCCGAGUGCCACAGCCCGGCCGCGACUGGGCCGUCAUCCUCCCGCAACUGAAGAUGGGAUCCUUUGCCUCGCCACAACUGCAAGUUGAUAUCGAUUCGCAGAUCCCGGCGGUCACUUCGUCAGUAUACAUGUCCAUGAUCACGAUGCUCUCUUCGCAGCUGUGGGAACAGCUAGGGGGAGCUUUGAGAACAGGAAGCUACAACGCGGUAUCAGAUGCGAUGUGGGACACGGUAACGGACAGAACGGAUCAUAUAUUGCAGACUAUCAAUGUUACUAGGGGUUUACUACACUUGGGCAGCUGA